UUUCUUCAAACACAAAGAAAAAGUAAGCAAAAGAUCAAACAAGAAGACAGAAGAGUGUUAGCUUACAACUAACAGUUGUCUGGAUAAUCUUGUUCAUUAUCAUCAUCAUCAUCAAAAUGUUGGCCAUUUUCCACAAGGCUUUUGCUCACCCACCAGAGGAGCUCAACAGCCCUGCUUCUCACCAUGGUUCCAAGAAGCCUAAGCUCCCUGAAGAAACCCUUCAAGAGUUCCUCUCCCAGCAUCCCCACAACAACUUCUCAAUAGGGUUUGGAGAUGCUGCAGUUCUUGCUUAUGUCAAACCAGACCAACCCUUUUCCCGAAACCAGAGGUUGUUCUGUGGUUUCGAUGAUAUAUACUGUCUGUUUCUGGGGAGCUUGAACAACCUGUGUGCACUAAAUAAGCAGUAUGGUCUGACCAAGAACACCAGUGAGGCCAUGUUUGUGAUUGAAGCUUAUCGGACCCUCCGAGACAGGGGUCCAUACCCGGCUGAUCAGGUUGUUAAGGAUCUCGAUGGCAGCUUUGCUUUUGUUGUCUAUGACAGCAAGGUUGGCAGUGUCUUCACUGCACUGGGUUCUGAUGGGGGAGUACAAUUGUAUUGGGGUAUUGCGGCUGAUGGCUCUGUGGUGAUUUCUGAUGAAUUACAUGUCAUAAAAGAAGGAUGUGCUAAAUCAUUUGCUCCAUUCCCAAAAGGGUGCUUCUUUCAUAGUGAGGGAGGACUAAUAAGCUUUGAGCAUCCAAUGAAUAAGAUGAAGGCAAUGCCCAGAGUUGACAGUGAAGGUGUCAUGUGUGGAGCUAACUUCAACGUCGACAAAUACACGAGAGUUAACAGCAUUCCACGUCGUGGGAGCGCAGCAAACUGGAGUGAUGAGUGGACGUCGCAGUGAGACACCAAGUGUCGCUGUGCCGACAGCAUGUCACCGUGACAGCGCCUGAACUAAUUACUUGUCUGAACUUUUCUCUGAGUCUGUUCCUACUAGUUUUUCUGUUUGUAACGCUUGGACAAGAAUAAAUAAUGCUAUGAUAUUCAACAUCCGAGUGUUAACGCA